GUCUUGUUGGUUGUUGAAUUCCUAAUUGAUUGAAAGGUCGAAACAAUGGCGAACCCUAAGGUCUACUUCGACAUGACCAUUGGAGGCCAACCGGCGGGGCGCAUAGUGAUGGAGCUGUACGCCGACACGACUCCUCGCACCGCUGAGAACUUCCGCGCCCUCUGCACCGGCGAGAAGGGCGUGGGCCGCAGCGGGAAGCCCCUCCACUACAAGGGCUCCACCUUCCACCGCGUGAUUCCGAACUUCAUGUGCCAGGGCGGAGACUUCACCGCCGGUAACGGGACCGGUGGUGAGUCCAUCUACGGGUCCAAGUUUGCGGACGAGAACUUCAUAAAGAAGCACACGGGCCCCGGCAUUCUUUCGAUGGCAAACGCCGGACCUGGCACGAACGGGUCUCAGUUCUUCAUCUGCACCGUUAAGACGGAGUGGCUCGACGGGAAGCACGUGGUUUUCGGACAGGUUGUGGAGGGCCUUGACGUCGUGAAGGACAUCGAGAAGGUGGGGUCCAGCUCCGGUAAGACCUCCAAACCCGUCGUUGUUGCUGACUCCGGUCAACUCUCCUAGACACGUAAGGUGGGUGUGGCUGAUGCUAGCCGCUUCUCUUCUCUCAGUGGAAUCAUGUUGAGAUCUUCAUUCUGUUUUCUGAUUUUAGUUUGGUCAUCAUAUAAAUCAUGCUACUGUUACCUUAAAUAAAGUUAGGAUUAAUUAUCUAUCUAUUCCCCUCCUUAAUUAUUUUUAAUUUCUGCUUAAUUUAAAGUUCAUUUCUCUCUUUUAUGACA